AUGGACGCCAUUGUUAUAUCAAAGUUUGGAGGACCUGAAGUUCUCCAGAUCCAACAAGUGCCUAAACCAGAACCCGUUAACGGAGAGGUGCUUGUGGAAGUUUUCGCUUUUGGCGUAAAUCAUGCCGAAAUGCAUAUGCGCAAGGGCGAAUGGGAUGAGUGGAAUCCUAUUUCCGGUUUAGAAUGUGUUGGAGUUGUCGCAGCUUGCCCAAGCGGCGAGAUCGCAGUCGGAACCAAAGUUGUUGGUGUCAUGGGAGGCAUGGGCAGGAACCGUCCUGGAGGAUACGGUUCGUUCGUAAAUGUUCCAAUUGCGAAUGUCGUCCCAAUCAAAACAGAGCUCCCUUGGGAGCAACUCGCCGUUGUUCCGGAAGUUUACUCCACGGCAUAUUCCUGUUUAUUCACAGUUCUCGAUUUGAAGCCUGGCGAGUCACUGCUUAUUCGCGGAUCAACAUCAACUAUCGGCCAAGCCGCUCUUCACCUGGCUGUUGAUGCCGGUGCUCGGGUUACAGCGACAACGAGACGGAAAGAGAGAUUCGACUUUGUAAAGGCGAAGGGCGCCGUUGAUGCCAAACUCGAGCACGAGGGUCUCCAGUCAGAAUUCCCUGCUGGCUUUAGAUUCGACAAGGUCCUGAACUUGAUCGGUAACCGAGUUUUGCUGGAAUCUAUUUCUUUGGCUCGACCUGGUGGCCGCAUGCUUCAAGCAGGCUGGCUCGGCGGCUUGGAUCCUGUCGUCGACUUCAAUCCCAUGAUCCAGAUGGAGCCGGGAGUGCACUUCAGUUUAUUCCACAGCAAAGUGUUAGGCUCGCCGGACUUCCCCAUGUCUGGCAUUCCCCUUCAGGAUAUUGUCAGCAAGAUUGAGAAGGGAGCAUGGGAUGCAAAACCCGCGUUUGUUUUCGAGUAUAAGGACAUCAAAAAGGCGCACGAGAUGCUGGAUUCUCAUGACGCUGGUGGAAAGAUUGUGGUCAAGCAUUAG